AUGCUUCGACAGGCGGCUCAAAAACUAGUUGGCGCGGUGCCAAAAAAUAAUUGUCUGGUGCAAACGCGCUCCGCCGCAAUCCCGUUCGUUAUUGAUAAUGAGGGAAAAGGCGAGCGAACUUAUGAUAUCUAUUCGAGAUUGUUGAGAGAUCGAAUUGUUUGUUUGAUGACACCGGUAAGAGAUUUUGGAGGGCGGGAAAUUUGAAAAAAAUGUGCAUUUUUACGUGAGAUUUGGUGGGGAACAUUGAAUUUGACGCAAAAAUGCACAGAAAUUUCAAAAAUCUGCAUUUUCACGUUUAAUUCGGUGUAAAAUACGUGGAAUACAUUGAAUUUGACGCAAAAAUGCACAGGAACUGCAAAAAUCUGCAUUUUUGCGUGAAAUUUCGUGUACGACACGUGGAGAUCAUUGGAUUUGACGCACAAAUGCAGAAAAUCGAGUUUUCAUCCAAAUUUGCUCAUAUUUUAGCUCAAAAUGCUCCAAAUUUAAAGGAAAAUCUACAGAAGCAUGUUUAGAUUCAAAAUUACCGUUUUGAGACCCGAAAAAUCGCGGCGAGACCCAUUUCCAACCUAAAUGGCUCAUAUUUGAUCUCAAAAUGCUCCAAAUUUCAUGAAAAAUCUUAUGGAACAUGUUUAGAUUUUAAAUUUUCGUCUCGAGACCCAAAAAAUCACUUCAGAGUCCAUUUUCAAGCAGAACUAGCCAUGUUUGCGCUCAAAAAGCUUUGAAUUCCCCGAAAAUCCAAAUUUUUCGCUCAAAAUCCUCCAAAUUCCAUGAAAAAUCUUAUGGAACAUGUUUAGACUCUAAAUUUUCGUCUCAAGACCCUGAAAAUUGCUCCAAAGCUCAUUUUCAGCUAAAAUUGCUCAUAUUUGAGCUCAAAAUGCUCCAAAUUGCAAAAAAAAUCUUAUGGAACAUGUUUAGAUUCCAAAUCAUCGUCUUGAGACCAAGAAAAUCGUGGCGAGACCGAAUUUCAAGCAAAACUAGCCUUGUUCGGGCUCAAAAUGCUCUAAAUUUCCCGAAAAAUCCCAAUUUUCAGGUCGAUGAUUUCGUAGCUUCAGCCCUCAUCGCUCAACUCCUCUUCCUCCAAUCCGAAAGUGGCAAAAAACCCAUUCACAUGUACAUCAAUUCGCCAGGAGGCAGUGUAACCGCCGGAUUAGCCAUCUAUGAUACAAUGCAAAUGAUAAGUGCACCAGUUGCCACGUGGUGUGUUGGACAGGCUUCUUCGAUGGGAAGUUUGUUGUUGUGUGCGGGAGAAAAGGGAAUGCGAGCGAGUUUGCCGAAUUCCAGAAUUAUGGUGCAUCAACCGAGUGGUGGAGCACAGGUUGGUGCUUUUUUUGGUCAAAAAUCGGAAAAUUUUCAUGAUUUUCAAGCUAGACAACGAGAUUUUCAUCAAAAAUCAGCUAAAAAUCGUAAAUUUUCAGCCGGAAAUCAUUCCUGACUGAAAAUUCGCGAUUUUUAACUGAUUUCCGAUGAAAAAAGCUGGAUUUCCAUCAGAAGUUGGUGAAAAUCCGUGAAAUUUCGGUGAAAAAGCUGGAUUUUCAUCAAAUAUAAGCGAAAAAUCGAAUUUUCAUGGAUUUCGAUCAAAACUAGGCAAAUUUUCAUGAUUUUCAAGCUAGACAUCGAGAUUUUCAUCGAAAAUCAGCUAAAAAUCGUAAAUUUUCAGCCGGAAAUCAUUCCUGACUGGAAAUUUACGAUUUUUAACUGAUUUCCGGUGAAAAAGAUGGAUUUCUAUCAAAAAUUGCUGAAAAUCCGUGAAAUUUCGGUGAAAAAUCGAAUUUUCAUGGAUUUCGAUCAAAACUAGACAAAUUUUCAUGAUUUUCAAGCUAGACAUCGAGGUUUUCAUCGAAAGUCAGCUAAAAAUCAUAAAUUUUCAGUCAAAAUUUGAAUUUCGACUGAAAAUUCGCGAUUUUCAACUGAUUUCUGAUGAAAAAGCUGGAUUUCCAUCAAAAAUUGCUGAAAAUCUGUGA